CUCUCAGAUCGUUCACAGCUUUGUGGAAGUUACCUGUGGUGCCGAUGUUUAGGCCGAGGUAUGUAUAGUUUUUUGUGUGCUCUAGGGCAACGGUGUCUAGAUGGAAUUUGUAUUUGUGGUCCUGGCAACUGGACCUUUUUUGGAACACCAUUAUUUUUGUCUUACUGAGAUUUACUGUCAGGGCCCAGGUCUGACAGAAUCUGUGCAGAAGAUCUAGGUGCUGCUGUAGGCCCUCCUUGGUUGGUGACAGAAGCACCAGAUCAUCCGCAAACAGAAGGCAUUUGACUUCAGAUUCUAGUAGGGUGAGGCCGGGUGCUGCAGACUGUUCUAGUGCCCUCGCCAAUUCGUUGACAUACAGUGGGGAGAACAAGUAUUUGAUACACUGCCGAUUUUGCAGGUUUUCCUACUUACAAAGCAUGUAGAGGUCUGUAAUUUUUAUCAUAGGUACACUUCAACUGUGAGAGACGGAAUCUAAAACAAAAAUCGAGAAAAUCACAUUGUAUGAUUUUUAAGUAAUUAAUUUGCAUUUUAUUGCAUGACAUAAGUAUUUGAUCACCUACCAACCAGUAAGAAUUCCGGCUCUCACAGACCUGUUAGUUUUUCUUUAAGAAGCCCUCCUGUUCUCCACUCAUUACCUGUAUUAACUGCACCUGUUUGAACUCGUUACCUGUAUAAAAGACACCUGUCCACACACUCAAUCAAACAGACUCCAACCUCUCCACAAUGGCCAAGACCAGAGAGCUGUGUAAGGACAUCAGGGAUAAAAUUGUAGACCUGCACAAGGCUGGGAUGGGCUACAGGACAGGGGGGGGUGCUCCCGCAGGUCUGGGAGAGUGUCUCGCUGGUCUGGGCGGGGUGUCUGUUGAUCUGUUGCUCCUGUGUGAGGUGUUGGGUCUGCGGUUGAGGGCGAUAUCCUUUAGGGUCCGGGCGAAGGUGGGCACUGCUGCCUUGUAUAGGUGGACCUGGUCAUAAAGGCUGUUCACGUCCAGGGUGGAGUGGUGGGCCAGGUAGACAUUCGGUUUUGAUGCACAGUCAUGGGAAAUACUUGCGUUUACCCGCUGUAUGGUAGCAGGGUGGAAGUAUUUUCGUGGUAACAGGGUUGAGAUAACCACUUGUGCGUUGGGGAAAGUAGAAUAAGCUUUUUCUAUCACUCCCUUGAGUGCUGUGGCCACCCUUUCCUGCUGUGUUCUCAGGUCAUUUGUGCCUGUGUGUAUUAUUAUGUGGCUGGGUGAUCCUAGUCGGUCCUCAGACAGAAGGUCUAGGGCGCGCUGGGUGUUUGGACACCAGAGUUUAGACACUGUGUGUUUUGGAAAAAGUUUAUUUUCUUGUAUGUAUUUCCCGUUUGAGUCCAUAAGGAGUACAAUCUGUGGUUUGUGUAUGUCCUCAGUGGGUGUGGGGGGGUCGUCAUGAGGGCUAUCAGGGUGUCUGACUGGGGGGUUGCUCAGAGGGGUUGGGGUCCCCAGGGCUUGGGGUUCUUAAUUUGUUUGUCUGGGUGUGAUUUCGAGGCUAUGGUCAGGGUCUAGGGUGUACUGUUCUGCUGCGGUGUUGAGACUUUGGCCAGGAUCUGAGGUGGGCUGUUCUGCUGGCUUCUCUGCGGGGGCGGCCAGCUCUCUAAUGGGUUGUUCUCUGUCACCCGUCAUCGUUCUCACCUUCUCCUCCAGCACUCUGAUCCUCUCCUCUAGUGCUCUGUUCUUCUCCUGCUCCUGCUCUUUCUCCUGUUGAUGUUGUCUCACCACAGUCCAGAGUGCAGACAUGUCUCUCUCUACCUCCAGCUCUCCAGGUCUAGUUAAGGGGGUGUUGUUGUGCUGGACUGUUUUCUGGGUCUGUGCUGACUGGAGUGUGUUCACCUGCUGUUCCAGCUCCACCUGCCUUACCUCCAGCAGGGUGAAUUUAUCCUUCAUUUCAAUGAGGGAGUAUUACUCUGUGCUGGAAAGAUGACUUUCUGCUUGGGGUUGCUCUGUGGGGUUAUUUAAUGAAGAGGUCUGGUCUGACCCGCUCGGGGUAGGGGUAUCUUUCUCAAGGGAGAGCUUCUCCUGCUGAGCUAUUUCUUUGAUUAGGUGAAAGUCCAGCUGGAACUGUUUGGUGCUGCCUUGAACCAAAACGGUUCCAGAUUUAUAGAGAUUAAUAGUAGACGACUCAGAGUCCUCGUUGUCCAGUAUCCUGAGUUUCCACCCAUCGCUAACACCCCCCCUCUUAACAGAGGGGUAGUGUGCUAGUAUAGCACUGUGCCAUUUCUCUCUCUCUCUCUCUCUCUUUCUCUCUCUUUCUCUCUCUCUCUCUCUCUCUCUCUCUCUCUCUCUCUCUCUCUCUCUCUCUCUCUCUCUCUCUCUCUCUCUCUCUCUCUCUGUCUUGGUCUCUCUCACAAUGAGGGGAUGCUUCUUGAUAAUGGUGCAUGUCAAAUAAUUGUGCGCUGUUGUUCAUCAUUGAAGUUGACAUGUUGAUAAAUAGCUGUGUGGAGUUUUUCAGUACCUUAGCCAGGUUCUUGAAGGCUCACAAAUAGCUUCAGGUAUUAUGGGUUGUGUUCAAUAGGGAGAAAAUGGAGUGAAACGGGGAGGUACUACUUAAACAUUUCCGAUAAAGAAUGUUUGUGUUCUGUUGCAAAACGUUUUUCUACUACUGACCACGACCCAGCUGACACUACAGUAUUAAUAUAAUCUGGAUAGAAAGAUACCAACCUGUAAAACAUGAUAGACUCGUUUCUCCCCAUACAACCUGAAUGAAGAGUCCGUUGCUGUCCUGGGCGGAUAUGAUAAGCCCCGUCUCACAAAGUGAAUGUGUCCCAAAUGGCACCCUAUUACCUACAUAGUGCACUACUUUUGACCAGAGCCCUGAAUGCACUACUUUUGACCAGAGCCCUGUUCAAAUGUAGUGCACUACUGUAUGUAGGGAAUAGGGUGCCAUUUGGGAGGCAAGAUAGUCUUCCUCCAAAUCCACCCGGCUACCUAGGAAUGACAUGUCUGUCCGGCAAUCCUCUGGCUGCGUCUCAAAUGGAACCCUAUUCUCUAUAUAGUGCACUACUUUAGACCAGUGUCCUAUGGGCCCUGGUCAAAAGUAGUGCACUAUGUAGGGAAUAUGAUGUUCAAGUUGUGGGCUCACUUUAAAGCGGACAUGUUUUGGCUGCUUCACAGAGGCGCUUUCAGAGUGUGAUACCGAUCAGAUAUUGUCAGUCUGUCUCAGUUACUGUAUAGGCUAGAAAAUCCUAUGUGUUUUUUGGCUGAGCCACAGUAUAACUUUAGCUCUCUCUCUCUCUCUCUCUCUCUCUCUCUCUCUCUCUCUCUCUCUCUCUCUCUCUCUCUCUCUCUGUCUCUGUCUCUGUCUCUGUCUCUGUCUCUCUCUCUCUCUCUCUCUCUCUCUCUCUCUCUCUCUCUCUCUCUCUCUCUCUCUCUCUCUCUCUCUCUCUCUCUCUCUCUCUCUCUCUCUCUCUCUCUCGGUCUCUCUCUCGGUCUCUCUCUGUCUCUCUCGGUCUCUCUCUGUCUCUCUUGUUCUCUCUCUCUCUCUCUCUCUCUCUCUCUCUCUCUCUCUCUCUCUCUCUCUCUCUCUCUCUCUCUCUCUCUCUCCUCUCUCUCUCUCUGUCUCUCUCUGUCUCUCCCUCUCUCUCUCUUUCUCUCUGUCUUUUUUAGUUGAACAGUUCGUAAGUGAGAGGCAUAAUGCUAGCGGCUGCAUAGUGUAUGGCAAUGACAAAGCUGCAUUAGGUUUUGUUAGCUCCAGUCGGUUAUGCGUUUUUAUCUGUCUUAGUCCGAGGGGAAUUCAGACAUGGGGACACAUCACAUGACGCAUAAAGGCUACAUCAAUACUGCACGGCUACAAAGGACAAAUGGCACUGCCUGGUACAGUUAUAUUCCCAGCUUGCAUCAAUCUAUUUAUCUAUCCAUUUAGUGUAGGGCUGGAUGGAUCCAUUGAUAUUGACUCAAGUGUAUCUACUCUGCUUCUCGUAAAUGAGACUGUCGAAAGAAGUGAGAGACAGAAUGAGAGGAGUAGGGUGGUAGACUGGGUAAAUAAAAGAAAAGAUGCCCCCUAUCUCACUCUUUCUUUCUCUCUUUCUGUCUCUCUCUCUUCUCUCUUUCUCUGUCAUCCCCCUCUCUUUCGGGUGAGAUUACUGUUCCCAUGACAACGCAGCAGAUUGCUUGAAAAUCGCUGUGGUUGUUGGGCACCAUGGCAACACAUUACAUAUGACGGGGAGUCUUUCUCUGUUGGGGUUUUUGUUAACAAUCAUACAUGUCACCCAUGGUGACACACAUCACAGACAAUACAGUUCAGUACAUUGCCACACUCCACGCACACCUGCACUUAAACAUGGUCAGCUUGGUUAACAUGAGUGGGAACGAGUGGGUAUUCCUUUGGGUGGCGUUGCAUUUUUGGGUUUCAUCAUUCAAAUCCUAAUGUUAGGCACCUACUGUUAAUCCCAUGUUACAUGCGCUUUACAGUAGUACAGUACUACACCUUACAUGGCAGAUAUUUUAGGGACACUCUAAAGGCUGUAUUAGAUGCAUACAGCGCGUUGAAGGUGUGUUAGAUUUAGUCAAAGGCAUACUGCAUAGUGACAAGGUUCAAAGUGUAGUAGGACAGACAGGUCUCGCUUUGUCAUCUUCAUCACCUGUUCUUUCCCCUCAUUGUUGAAAUGAUCUGGUGCCCUCUCUCUCUGUUACUGACUGUUAACUGUCUCAGGCAUCUCAUUAAGCACACAUCUCAACUCCACACGUUGCUUCUCUCUCUCUCUCUGUCUCUCUGUCUCUCUGUCUCUCUGUCUCUCUGUCUCUCUGUCUCUCUGUCUUCUCUCUUAUAUCUCUCUCUCUGUUCUCGUUUUUGUCCUCUUUCUCUCUGUUUUUCUCUCUGUUCUCUGUCUAUCUCCUCUCUUCUCUUUUUUCCUUUUUUUUUUUUCCUGCUUUUGUUUGGGGCCCGGCGGGGGCCUGGGAACCUUCCCCCCCUUGGGAAAAAGGGGGAGGGGGGCCGGGCCCUGGGGUUUUUGGUUUUUUAAUUGGCGUUCCGCCUAUUCCGCCCGUUUCCCAACUUUUCCGCCUUUUCUUGCUCUCUCUUCCCUCUUUCGCCCCUCCUCUCUCUUCUCUCCUUCCUCUUUUUUACUCUCUUUUCCCUCUUUCUCCUCCCCCUUUUCUCUGUUUUUCCCCCUCCCUCCCUCUUCUCUUUUCUCUCGUAUCGAUUUAAAUUUUAUUCCCGCCCCCUCUUUUUCUUUCUCUUCUCUGUUUUCUUUCUCUCUCUCUUCCCCUCUCUCCUUUCCCCUUUCUCUUUUCUCCUCUUUUCCCUCCUUUUCCCUCUUUCUCUCCUCCUUCCCUCCCCUUUUUUGUUUUUCUCGGGUUCUCUUUUCCCUUUUCCCUUCCUCUCCCGUGUUUUUGUUUCCCCUUUUGUUUUGUUUUUCGGCUAUUUCCUUUUCCCCCCCGGGACGACUUGCCUUCCGUUCUUCUUCCCUUUGUCUGCCUCCCCGCUUUUUCUUUUCCCCAAAACCCGGGGGGGGUUUUUUUUCCUUUCCUUUUGUCAACCCCUUUUUGCCCCCGUUUUUAAAAUUUUUCCUUUUUUCUUAUUAUUCUCUGUUCUUUAGCCUUCUUUUUCUUUCCUUUCCUUUGGUUUUUCUUUAAAAAAAAGGGACCCGGGCCCCUCGGGGGCCGUUUAUUUCCCCUUUAAACAUUUUCGAUUACUUUUUUCCCGUAUUUUGUUUACUUUUGUUCUUUUAAUGUUUUUUUCCCCCCUCGUCCCGGGGCCUGUUUUGUUCUUUCCUUUUUUUUUUCCCCGGGUUUUUUUCUUUUUUUAAAUUCCCUUUUCCUUUGAACCUUUUUUAAAUGUAAAACCCGGCAUUUUUCCCAUUUUUCGCCCCUUUUAGCCUUCUUCUGGGUUUUUACCGUUUUGGCCCCCCCCGGGUUCCCCGGCAGCCCCCUUUUUGGGGCCCGGUUUCCUCUAUUUUCCCUCUUUUUGUUUUUUUUUUUUCCUUUUGGUUCUCAAAACAAAUUCUUCUCUCGCUCUCUCGCUACUCUCUCUCUUCCCCUCUUCCCCGCUCUCUCUAGAUGAUUAAUGUUUCUUUAGAAUUUUGUUUUCACAAAGCAAUAGUUUCAACAUACGUAAAGGGACAGACGUAAAUGAAUCACUAAUCACAUGAAAUAAAUACUAAUGUUCAGAAAUUACUUUGUCAAUGCAACAAGAUAACUAGGGCUUUAUAAUGAUGGUGAAAACUUGGAAAAAUAGAGGGUUACGAUCGUCCUACAAGUCACAGACGGUGCAUGUCAAAAUGCUCAAUCUUUAAUUUAUUGAUUUCUCCAUGUGGUCUAUAUUAAAGGGCACUUCAUUUAAUAUAACAGCCUUUUAAAAUUCAAUAUUGAUGCACAAGUUUCUACUUAAAAUGUCAAAGGGACACAAAAGGUAAAUAUUUUCGUGGAACAACCGAGUUAUUGUAAGUCGCCCUGUAUAAGAGCAUCUUCUGAUUUUACUCAAACGUAUUAAUGUUACUGUUAGUGGGUAACACUUUACAUCAAGUUACUCUUCUAGCAGUAACAACAUUGUGAGGUGUUCCUGGAUCUACCUGUAACGUAUUUGCCCACAGGUAUCAGUCAAGUAAUUUUUGUUGUUUGAAUUACGGACUGCAGCUUUAAGUCACUCUUAAACCUGUGUUGUAAUGGUGUAAUAACUAUAGUAACAUUGUUUCCUCUCAGGUAUCUGAUGAACGUGACGUUUGAGGGACGCAACCUGUCGUUCAGUGAGGAUGGAUACCAGAUGCACCCCAAACUGGUCAUCACCCUGCUAGACAAGCAGAGACGCUGGGACAAGGUGAGUAUCUCUCUUCUUCCUCUCCUUCUCUUUUUAUGUUUCUUUCUUUGGUUUCUCUCUCUUUCUUUCUCUUCCUCUCUCUCUUUCUUUCUCUUUCUCAUUCUCAUUCUCCUUUCUCUCUCUCGCUCUCUCUCUCUCUCUUUCUUUCUCUUUCUCAUUCUCAUUCUCCUUUCUCUCUCUCGCUCUCUCUCUCUCUCUCUUUUGUUGUCUAAGUUUGAACUGCCGCUGAUUAUUUAUGAUUAUGCGCACCACCCAAUCUCUCUUCUCUUCCCUCCCCCCAGGUGGGUAAGUGGGAGAACAGCUCCCUGUCCAUGAAGUACCACGUGUGGCCCAGGUUUGAGCUGUUCUCCGAUGGGGAGGCCCGGGAGGACGACCACCUGUCCAUCGUGACGCUGGAGGAGGCUCCCUUUGUCAUCGUGGAGGACGUGGACCCCCUCAGUGGCACCUGCAUGAGGAACACCGUGCCCUGCAGGAAACAGCUUAAAAUACUGUAAGACAACUAUGAUCCACCUUAACCAAAUACACAACCCUAUGCUGUAUUCACUCUCUCCUAUUGAUCCAUAUCUUUAUUGAGUACUAAUGCCAAAUUCUACUACAGCCAUUUAUACUAUUACCACCUCAAAAUACUGUGAAAACUACAGACCUAUAUCACUAUUGAAUAUAGACGUCAAUGUUUAGGGUGUCAUACCUGUAGCUCGAAAUACUGUGAAAACUAUAGACUCAUAUCACUAC